ACCCCACCACGUUUCACGCCGCGCGAGCGCGACACUCCCCAGCCUGCCCUCCCCUGCUCACUCCGCGCGCCGCCCAGAGCUCACUCUCCCCUCUCCUCGCCGCCUCCGCGCGAGGCCUGCGUCCGCGAGCGAGGUAGCAGCAGCCGGAGCCGAGAGGAGUGGGGGACCAGCCAUGGCGAUGGCAAUGCGCGCGGUGGCCGCGGCCGCGGUGCUCCUCCUGGCGGCGGCCGGGGGCGCGUCGGCGGCGACGCUGGCGCUGUACAACCGGUGCGGCGAAACAGUGUGGCCGGGCAUCCAGCCGAGCGCGGGGAAGGAGCUCCUCGCCCGCGGCGGGAUGCAGCUGGCGCCCGGCCACGCGGCCACCAUCCGCCUCCCCGCCGGCUGGUCGGGGCGCGUGUGGGGGCGGCAGGGGUGCCGGUUCGACGCGGCGGGGCGCGGGCGGUGCGCCACGGGCGACUGCGGCGGGACGCUCUACUGCAACGGCGCCGGGGGCGCGCCGCCGGCCACGCUGGCGGAGAUCACCCUGGCGUCGGCGCCCGCGGCGCAGGACUUCUACGACGUGAGCCUGGUGGACGGGUACAACAUCCCCAUCGCCAUGACGCCGUUCCACGGGUCGGGCGCCAACUGCGUGCCCGCCGGGUGCGUGAGCGACCUCAACCGCGUGUGCCCACAGGGGCUCGCCGUCCGCGGCGGCGACGGGAACCGCGUCGUGGGGUGCCGCAGCGCCUGCGCCGCCUACGGCUCGCCGCAGUACUGCUGCACGGGGCAGUUCGGGAGCCCCCAGCAGUGCAAGCCCACGGCCUACUCGCGGCUCUUCAAGUCGGCGUGCCCCAAGGCCUACUCCUACGCCUACGACGACCCGACCUCCAUCCUCACCUGCUCCGCCGGCGCCUCCUACGUCGUCACCUUCUGCCCCCACCACCGCUGAACCUGAAACCCCGGCGGACGAAAUCAAUGGCGUUGUGUUCAGGAGGCACCUGGGUUUAGCUGCUGUAGUUUAGGCGGCUGCGAGAGUGCGUCGCUGUUCUUGGUUUCUUCCUGCUACCGUUGCAUUGCAUCUUGGAGAAUUAAAUUUGUCGUAGUGUGCUGAGAGAUCUGGUGGUCUACCGCUGGUAGGCCGAGAUCGAUGGUAUAUCAGGAGUAUAAUAUGGGUAUAAUGCUAUGCAUUUCGAGUCUAAAGUCUGAUGAACUUGUUCCCGGUUUUACCACUGAUCUAUUUGUGCUUCA